AUGUUUCCCAAAGGCCCGACAAUGUACCUGAUGCUAGUCGCCGAGAUUCUACAGUACUUGAUUCUCAGCAAAAGUCUGGCGUGUGUGAUCAGGUGCGACCCCGGAGAACGGCUCCACACACCAGCAAAACCUGAAGGUGGGGACGUGUGUAUUCCGUGUGAUCCCGGAUCUUUCAUGUCUGAGACAGAUCACACGAACAGAGAAUGCAAUUUCUGUUCGAAAACAAAUAGUUCCUUGGAGUUGGUGUUUACCGAAUGCAACAGAACUCGCGAUACAGAGAUUCGUUGUGUCGACGGGUACUACAGAAAGAAAGCCGAGACAGUCCAAGACAAGGACACAUGUGAGGUAUGUCGAAAAUGUGAGUCUGGUUUACCAGCACGGCCUUGCCAAGGUUACAAUGAUACAUUCUGUUGUCCCUUUCAUCACGAUGCUGUCUUGGGUUGCCAAGGAAAGUAUGAAUGCAAGAAACGACCGCCUCCUUGUGGGGCAGGGAUGUAUUAUGAUACAACUCUUGAAAGAUGCAUGUCUUGCCCUGAUGGAACCUACAUGCAGGCACAAAGUCACAGGAACACAGAGUGUGUAAAGUGUGAAGCCUUGUCUGAUAACUCCACAAAUCACGCUGCCAUCUUGCAACCUUGCAGCAGCACUUCGCCAACAGUUUUUGGAUGUGAAGAGCUCUACUUCCGGAGCCAUAACACAACGUCAUUGUUAGAGGAAGCACAAUGUACACUUUGUAAAAAAUGUCGGCGGGAAGUGAGAACAUGUCAACUUCUCCAUGAUGAUGUCUGUGCGGAGGAAUCCCCAGAUGACGACAACACUUCUGAAGAAAGAACAGGUACGACCAACGAUGCAGAAAACAGUGCAGAAGGAAAGAUGCUGUUUAAUGGCACUUUAGGCAGCGGUGAGAGGAACCAGUCUCCGAAUGCAACAACAGAGCCUCCGAAUUGUGAACCAUUUGACGUUACUUUAGUUACAUGUACAACGUUAAUUAUUAUUUUAAUGUCAACUUUUUAUCUUUUUAUUUCUACAACGAAACCUGAACAGCUCUUUAAGCGCUCCCAUGGCCAGACUGCAUGGAACGUAUUAAGAAACCAUCAAACCCUGGUAUUUGACGCCAUAUGGGUGAUGUUGCUUGCCUCUCUCAUUGUCUGUAUUUUCUGCACAAUUGAGCCCAUUAUGAUGUCUAACACAUUCAACAAAGUAUUUGUUACCAUGACCGUUAUUGCCACAGGGGUUUUCAUCAGUGCGGUCAUCUAUGGGCACGCAUGUUGCUGUAGGCAAACAGACCAGUCACGUGACAAUAAAGAAAGUCGACAUCCUGCGCCUGGUGACGAUGAUCACUACCUGGCUGAAAGGUGCCUGAAAGGGACCCAGUCUGACAACGAGGAACAAGCAGAGGGAGAAGAAGAAGCAGAAAAGUUGAACCGAUAUUAA